CAUCCCACUCUCCACUGCUCUGUUCUUCCCUCCCUCUUCUUCCACGACUCUCUCUCUCUCUCUCUCUCUGCUCUUCGCCUUCCGCCGGACCCAAGUCGAAUGGGAUUCUAGGGUUUCGCCUUCCGCGAGAUGGGCUGCUUCCACUCCAAGACAACUAACCUCCACUCCCCCGAAGACGAUCCCGACCACGCCGACAAGCCAGAUCACGAAACGAAUGGGGAGGCGGGGGACCAGGAUCAGGUGCCGGCCUUCAAGGAAUACGGUCUGGCGGAGCUGAGGGCGGCGACGAAGGGCUUCAGCCCGGACCUGAUUGUUUCCGAGAGCGGCGAGAAGGCGCCCAAUGUCGUGUACCGGGGAAAGCUUGAUGGAGGACGGCUGGUGGCUGUCAAGAGGUUCUCUAAGCAGUCGUGGCCCGACGCCCAGCAGUUUGUGGCGGAAGCUGCGGGGGUGGGAAAGGUGCGGCAUAAGAGGCUGGUGAACCUCAUCGGAUGCUGUGCGGAGGAUGACGAGAGACUUCUCGUCGCAGAGUUCAUGCCCAAUGACACAUUGUCUAAGCAUCUUUUCCAUUGGGAUAAGCAGCCUCUACCAUGGGCAAUGCGAGUUAGGGUGGCAUACUACAUUGCACAAGCACUUGAUCAUUAUAAUACUGAAAACCGGAGAAUAUAUCAUGAUCUGAAUUCUUAUAGAGUUCUUUUUGAUGAGGAUGGAGAUCCUCGUUUGUCUAGUUUUGGUCUCAUGAAAAAUAGCCGAGAUGGGAAAAGUUAUAGCACUAACCUAGCUUACACUCCACCAGAAUUCUUGCGAACUGGAAGGGUAAUUCCAGAGAGUGUAAUCUACAGUUAUGGAACUGUACUUUUAGAUCUUUUGAGUGGGAAGCAUAUCCCCCCAAGUCAUGCACUAGACCUAAUAAGAGGAAAGAACAUGUUAAUGAUUAUGGAUUCUUCCCUGGAGGGGCAAUAUGCUAAUGAUGAUGCUACUAAUUUCGUUGAACUAGCUUCAAAAUGUCUACAGUUUGAGGCUAGAGAUCGACCCAACUCUAAAUUUCUUCUUUCUGCCCUAGCACCACUUCAAACUCAGAAAGAGAUUCCAUCACAUGCUCUCAUGGGUAUAACAAAGACAGAACAGGUGCUGCCGGUGAUGCUCUCACCACUUGGAAAGGCUUGUGCAAGGAUGGAUCUAACAGCUGUGCAUGAUAUAUUGCUUAAGACAGGUUAUAAAGAUGAAGAAGGUGCAGAAAAUGAGCUUUCCUUUCAAGAAUGGACACAACAAGUGCAAGAGAUGUUGAAUACAAAGAAAUUUGGUGACAUUGCAUUCAGAGAUAAAGAUUUCAAGAGUGCUAUUGACUAUUAUUCCAAGUUGGUGAUGAUGAUGUCAGUUCCUUCAGCCACGGUCUUUGCCAGGCGGAGCCUUUCCUACUUGAUGAAUGGACAACCGGAGCUGGCCCUACGCGACGCCAUGCAAGCUCAGGUGUGCAUGCCGGAGUGGCCGACGGCCUUCUACUUGCAAGCCCUUGCCCUCUCAAAGCUCGGGAUGGAAAAAGAUGCCCAGGAUAUGCUCAACGAUGGAGCUGCCUUGGAGGUUAAGAAGCAGAGCAGCUGGCGUGGCUAGUGACUCGUACGCAGUCGCUAUGGAUUUCACGUCUGCAACUCCGAUAUCUGUCAUUCCUGUACGCAAGUUUCGUCUUGGGUUCUAAAUGCAGCAGGAAUGUUGUGACAGCACAUGCUGAGAAGGUAACCAGACACAAUAAUGUAUAGAAAUUUCACGAGAUU